UUACCGUGGCGCAUCAACAAUAAAAUUAUUCGUUCGUUCAUUCGUUUCUUUCGGUUUGUUCGCUUAUUAUUUUACUUGCUAUUGCAGUAUACACUAUAAUUUGCUGACGUUUGGAAAUUCUGAUUCGAGAAGUUGUCCGUAAAAUUCCAAACAUAAAAGAUGUGAAAUAUUUGUUGUUGUUUAAGUUACAGUCGUUUGCAAAAUAUGUAUUUAUAUACAAACAAACAAGAACUCCAAUUGGAAUCACCUUGAGGUGAUGGCAGAAGAAAUCAGUGACAACACAUACAUAUGUAGAUAACAGAAAAAUUACAGAAAAAAAAACGUUAACAACAACAACUAAAAUUGAGGUGCAUGCAAUUGUGUUAGCUCGCUCGUUUGUCUGUUUUUGUGUUUUGACAUGUGUGCAGAUUGGUGUGUGGAAAUGGAAAUUGCCACAAAAUUGAAUUGAGAAGGCGAAAAGGCAAAACAGCAAAGUGCAAAGUUUGCGAAAAACAAUAAUAAAGCAGAAUUAAAACAUAAAUAUACACACAAGAGCGCGCGCAUAAAAUGAAAACACCAAGUGUGUACGUCGGAACGGUUGUGGAUGCCGAGGAGUCGUUGCUCAUUUGAUUUCAGGGGGAAUAUAUGUAUGUUGGCACAUAUGGAGCAUCUUGGCAGCGGUAACAUAAAGUGAAAAACGCGCUAUGGCGAACAGUGCAGUGUUAAAAUUUCAAUUCCAUUUAUCAAAUGAAGCAACAAAAGAAAUCGCAACCAAUAGCAAUCAACCAAUAUUAGCGUUAAAAACAUAAGAAUAUUUAAAAGUUUCAAUUGCCAUCAACGCAACUGUAUUUAAGUAAAAAAUUCAUAAUUGUGCGCCUACAAAACAACAGCAGGAACCCGAUAGCAGCAGCAGCUAUACUGGAGGCAGUCAAUCAUCCGUCGAUUGCACGGGGUGGUGAACGGGCGUUUUGUAGCGAUUCCGCUAGCAAAUAGUUUCGCCAUCGAAAUCCGAAAGUUGGCUUUUUUGUAAACGCAGAAGUGGCCACAGGACCAGGCCGACAUGGACGCUACUACGGUUGAAUGUAUUACCGCUAUGCCACUCAGUGCGGUUGCCAGCAACAGCAAUAGCAUCACUAAUAUGAGUUGUGGCAGCAGCAGCAGUAGUAGCAACAGUAGUGGUUAUGCGAGCGCCACCACCACCCCCACCAAUCCGGCAUCAGCUGGCAGCCAGUAUUCGGAUACGCAUUCCACCACACCUGUGGGCAUGGUCGAGCCGACACCAGUGGCUACAAUAGCUGCUGUAACGCCGUACUACAAUGAAACUUUUCAACAUCAACAACACCAACAACAGCCACAACUUCAUCAUCAUCCGCCACAUCAACAGUACCAUCAUCAAACACAUUCAUAUCAAUUGGCGGAACAAUUGCAGGUGCCUUCAGCAUCGCAAUAUAACAGCAACUAUGACUCGUAUGCGUACUUGGGAGGUGGCGAUAGCUAUACGCAGUCUACUGGUGCCGAACGCAAUUUGCUGGGCAUGCGGCACACAACGGCAAUCUACACCACCUUGGAAAAGCCAAGCAAGCUGCCCACACAGACGGCAAUGCAAACAAACAGUCAAACUGCCAACAACAACAAUAUCAAAGUUUUUAAUAGUAGCAGCAGCACGGAAAGCAGUCCGAGUAAUCAAAAACGUAAUGGUGAAACAAGCACGUCCGCAAAACCACAAGCCACCGCCACACCAUUCUACGCUCAGCCUUUGCAAACUAGUGGCUCAGCCGCCUAUGUGGAUCCUUACAAAAACAAAUUACCCAUAAAAUUGCCAAACCACAUCAUCGAUUAUAUUAAUUAUAGUAAUCAACCGAUGGACGCUACCAACUCACCGACUUAUGCGCAAAAUUUUACGCAAUAUCACGUCGGUGGAGAGACGCCACAAGAGAUUGCGUAUGGCACGAGUUCGGCGCAAAUGAAACCAUUACCUGCAGUCCCGAGUGCACGCGUGCCACAGCAACGUCUGGGCGUGCAUUACGGCACCAUCGGCAGUGCCACAAAUGCCAGUAGCAGUAGCAGUAGUAGCAGUGGCUCUCCUUAUCUUGAUAAGUACGAUAAAUAUAUUUACACUGCAGUGACCACAGCAACACCGUCUCCGUACUAUACUUCCACACAACCCUCGAACCUAUCAGCAGUGCCGUAUAAUGCAGUCACGUUCACGGCGACGCCACCCGCGCCUUCAACCAUCCCACCGCAGUACGCCGCUGAAGUUCCCAAUGAAGCAUACCGUAAGACAUCCGCAUCUUCGUCGUGGCACUGGAGCAUGGAUUAUGCUAACGGAAAUUGUCGUUCUCUACCACCGCCUGCCAAUGGCAUACCAACUGCUGCUAUACCACCUACAAAUGCCAGCUACGUAGCGGCAAACGCCACCGUCGCCGCAAAUCGUGAUAUGUAUUACACACCUGAGAAAUAUAGCAACAAAUAUGAUAAGUAUAAUUCUUAUUACAACCCUCACCAACAGUAUAUGGCGACGAACGCGGCUGGACGUAGCGUCUGGCCGAAUUCCUCGCAUGCCUCACCACACCUUGUAGCCGGACUAGCCGAUCGUUUGCCACAUCCAUACUCGCACCAUGCACCACUACCUCCAAGCGGCAUUCCAACCGCAAUAGCACCACCUACGCAUCCUUCCCUCGCAUAUCAUCAUCCCUACCCGCCUUCCGCAGCUCCAGUUGCUGCUCGCCAAAAUUGUUGCCCACAACCAUAUCAGCAACAGAAUUGCUAUUAUGCGCGCACUGCACAUCAUCCUCACUUUCUUCCCAACGCCUACAAUCCACACGCGCAAACCACUCCGUAUGGCACUACGGGCACAACUGCUGGCAGCAACAACAAUAAUUCGACAGGAAAGUAUGGCGUGCUUGACUAUGGGCAUGCCAGCAAGAGCAAGGUCAAUACGAAUGAUCUCUAUGCUGCAACGCCCACCUACGAUACCUCAAAUAUGAAUUAUCAUUCCUACCCCGCGAGUGUUGCACACAAUCAGCAAUACUCAAACUCUGUGACACCAGCUGCCGUAGUUUCACAUCAGCCGCUCAAUCCAAAUAUUACAACAGGUCCACAUAGUGACAUUCAUCCAACUGCUUACUACAACGAUCUCAACAUGCAGACAAGCUACGACACUUAUGUGAGUCCAAUUCAAGCGCCGGCGCUGCUUCAACAGCCGCGUGAAAGCUUAGUACAACGCGUUGACCAUCUGCGAAAUUUGCCACCGCCCUACACGCAGUCGAAUACUGCGAAAAGUUCACUAAUUGACUUUCGCAGAUCUUCAGCAACGAUAAGUGAUGAUUGUUUUAUGGCUGAGACGACGCUGACGAACUUAGAUGAGCACAUGGCUACAAAUAUGAAUCACUUUGACAACAACUUUGGCCUGGACAGCGAGAUGCACCCGAACGACGUAAGCAUGUAUAGCAAAGCUGGGACGGAAGAGAACAUAGAAAAGACUGGCAUCGCAGUAACACCCACUACCAAGACUUACUCAAGUUUACGUGAUUUCCUCAGCACUUGGAAUGAAGAUGAGGAAGAUUAUGGCUGCACAGAUGAGCGAAAGUUUGCUGAGAAUGAGUCGCCGCAGUUGGUGGGGCAAGCUAUUAACGUGGAUGACAGUGUUAGCCGCGCUGAGGUGGCAAAUAAAAUGCCUUGCGCGCAAGAACUGCCGAUCGCAGUCGAGCCAUCAGCUGCUUAUGGCAGCGAUGCCGCGGAAACAUAUCGAACACUACCACAACCGUUGGUAGAAACUAAUUUAGAAUACAAGGAAACAUUUAAUACACGUCCAAAGGCACAAGUUGGCCUCACUAAUGACAGCACAUUGGGCAUGGAGACAAAUCAGUAUGCAAGCAUAAACUUGCCUGAUAUUAUAAUCGAUAUAGAAAAGUCAAAUGGUGCGGGGCCAACGUUGGCCAGCGCGACAAAGUCGAACGACUUCAAUGUGAAAACAGACAUUAGGGAUGCUACCUACGAUAGUUUCGAUGUUGAAAAAGAACUUGAUGAACUCGAAAGCAAAAAGAUGAAGCUAUCAGGAAAAACACCGGGCAUGGCACCCAUACGCACAGGUAGUGUUAUAAUGAGAACCGAAAAUGAAACGCUGGAAAUGACAGAACCAGAAGGAACGUUCGAAAAAGUCAUCGAGAAUGCAACAAAUGAGUUGGAGAGUCGCAAAACAAUGGAAAACUGUGCACUCGUACAUAUAUCACCCAGUACCCUGACAAAUGAGCGAGUGGAAGAAACGCUCAUCUCCUCAGUCUACAAAAGUGAGCUUAACUUAUCAGCCGUCCAAGCUAAACUAGAUAGUUUAUAUGAUAGAGGUAUGGAGAGCGAUAACACAACAAGUUCAAAUGGCUCUACAUUUGAGAAAGAAUAUGAAACAUUUAUAAAUAAAAUCGGAAGCGAGUUCGACUUUAAGGCAGCUUGCAGCAAUGAGAGCAGUAGUGCUGUAUUUGAUGCAAGUAUCCUGCCAAAUACGCCGAAUGAAGCAACAACGGAUGCAGAAAAUGCCACCAAUAUUACUAAAAUGAGCGACGAAGAACUCUCAAAUGGCACGAACAAAACAUGUGCCAAUCAAAGUUUGCAAAGCGAUCUUGAAAUAGCACAAAAAAUUAAAUGUUUUUCAAAAUUCUAUAAACGCAAACGAAAAUAUUCUGAGUCAGCGAAAGAUGACGAGAAAAGUAAAGUACAUGAGCAUGCACAGAUCAUAGAUAAUGGUAAGAAUUUUCCCAUAAACUAUACAAAACGCUGUAAAAAAAGAAAGGAAAAGAAAAUUUUGCUGAAAGCCAUAAAGCCGCGAAAACCAAGAACCUAUACAUUUUACCAAAGGGCCUUACGCUCUUUACGCCGUCAUCAUACCACCAAACAUCAACGACUGGAUACAACCACACUGAUACAACAACAAAUUGCCACGCGGUUGAGAACCCAUUUACCAUCAAACAAGGGAAACAGCGUGGAGCAAUUGUCCAGUGAAGUGAAACCCGACUCAAAAGUUUUCAAUCCCAAAAGUCUGAAAUGUAUUUGUGUAUGUUUCGUCAAUUCCGAAAUAUUUCAAAUUAAACUUUUAAACGGUGCAGCAUUUAAGCAGGGAUUUAUUGAGCACGAAAUUAUGAAUACAACUCUGGAAAAUCAAAAUGGUAUUCCGCUUGAAGUGCUGGAAGAAAAAGCCGAUAUUAAACUUUCAAACCAAACUGAAGAGAUUGAGAAUGUAGGAGAAUCUCGCUCAUCAGUUGUGAAAGAUAUUUUUGAUGAAAAUGUGCUGGGUGCAGUUGAGGAAGAAGCCCAUAUUGAACCUAACAACAAAGACAACACGGAUGAGGGAGAAAUUGAGACUGCCAAGCAAGCUGAAAAUGUCCAAUCUGCGGAAGAACGUCAAAUGCCAAGAGCUGAUUCCGAUGUCAUUGAUGUGAAAGGAGACAUUGAAGCAAACAAAGCUUGGCCAAAUAUGCUGGAAAUGCAGUCGGCGGCUGAAACAAGUGAUAGACAAACGAAUUUGUUAGAUGUUUCCAUUAAUAUGUCAGCAUAUGUAUUUGAAGAUGAUGGUGCAGAAACUAGAAUAUCUGCUAAUUUUGUACCAAAUAUAAGAGGAGAUAACAACUUAAGCGAUAUCGAAGACAAAAGCUCUGCACAGCAAUUAGUGGCAGAGCGCGUACUUGAUCAGGAUGUUGAUGAUUUUGGUGAAAUGACGCACACAGAAACCGAAGUUUCAGCGGAUUCACCAGCAGCGCGUGAUCAAGAUAUUCGAACGGUAAAUGAAGUUCAUGAUGGAAUUAAAAAUGUGAUAGCCACAUCAAUAAACGACGACGUGCCGCUUGGCAACUCAAACUCAUCUCCAAAAAUAAUAGAAAUACUGCAGCAAGAAAAAAAUGGAGUUGAAAAAGUUGAAAGCGAAGUAACUGAAACAACGGCAUGCAGAUAUUCGCAUAACACUGAGGAAAAUCGGGCUAGUCUUACCGAAGAAAGUUCGAAUUGUUCGUGCGCUGAUGAUCUAGUUGACCAAUUUUCUGUACAUUCUGAAGCGUUUAAUAGCCCAGCGUCUAAAGAGACUAUUGAGAGAAUUGAAGAUGUUGAUGCUAAAAUAGACAACCUAGCAUGCGCAACCAAAUUUGAGGAGACUCCUGUAAACCAAGCCGAAGAAAAUGUGAAUAGCUUCUCAGUGGACAUGCGCAAAGAGUUUGCUGUAAACUCAGCCGCAAUUACCACGACGGCGGUUAAGACUACAGCUGAAACAAAGAUAGAAAUUGGUGAUUCCAAAGUUGUUGCUCCGACAUAUUCAUCCAACGAUAAGGAAACUGCGAUACACCAAAUUGAAGAAGAUAUGAAUUCUCUGAAUUCUCCCCAUACACCGGGGAUUAACAGCCCGGCGGCUGAAGAUGAAGUGUUAGAGAUAGUACAACAUAUAUCAAACACAACUAAGGGCAAUUGGAAUUCCUUAAGUCCAAUCGAAACUGAAAAUAUUAAUUGUCCAAUAAAAGAUCUGCGUGAAUCAACUGCUGCGCAAAGUGAGGGGUAUAGAUUAAUAGAUCAAGAUUUGGAUACAUAUGAAAGAGAAAAAAGUGUCGAUAUGUUUGGAGCGAGAAAAUCUGCUGAAUAUUUCACAGCUUCAUCAAAAAAUUAUUUCAAAAAGUCCGAGGACUUCGAUGAAGAUUCCACAGAUAGCAACUCAUCGUGUAAUUCAGAUGCAUCCACUUCAUCUUCUGAUCAUAGAUCACUUACGUCGUCGUCAUCCUCCUCCAGCUCCUCCUCUGAUGAGGAUACGCAAAGUAGUACGACAACCGUGCAUAGCGAUUUCGAUGAAAUGAAGGAGUUAGAAAAAGAACUCUCCCAGCAUCAAACAGAUGAACCGCGUAAUCUACAAGCCACGGAAAUAGAGAAAAAGACUGAAGCAGAGCCCCAUACUCAGGAAAACUAUAUCAAGACCUUGAAAGAAAUAUUAGAAAGCGAUAGUGAUGUGCAUGAUGAGGUGGUAACAAACAAGGACGUUCAAGAAAAUUUAGAAAAUCAUGAAGCAGUAUAUGCCAACGAUAAUGCACAAAUUUCGGAGCAUGAAGCAGCUGAGUCAAUGCGUGCGCCUGUUGAAGUUGGCAAGUCAAUGCGAGAAAAUUACGAAGCAGCCCCUGCCAACGAUGAUGCACAAAUUUCGGAGCAUGAAACAGCUGGGUCAAUGUGUGCGCCUGUUGAGGUUGGUAAGUCAAUGCGAGAAAAUUACGAAGCAGCCCCUGCCAACGAUGAUGCACAAAUUUCGGAGCAUGAAACAGCUGGGUCAAUGUGUGCGCCUGUUGAAGUUGGCAAGUCAAUGCAAGCUGAGGAUAGCACUCUAUUGAUUGAUGGUGAAUCAACCGUUACAAUGCCUGCGAGAAUGUCUGACAACAUUGAUUUUGAAGUGGUGAGUGCAACGAGCGGGGUCGAAGGAUGUGAUAGGUCAUAUGAAAUCGAAUGUUUGGAGCAUAAAUUGGAAGAAGAAGAAGUAGGAAAUAAACCGCAAACCAAAUAUUUAAUUAGUGGUGACAGUGAAGUGCCGAGUUUAAAGAAACUAGUGUUUGACUUUUUGGAGAGAGAAAAUACCAUUGAAGAUCAUUCAAUGAUUAACCGAACUGAGGACGAGUUAAAUAGUAAAAUACCAAAGCUAAGUGACCUUUGUAAAAUUGCCUUAAGUAGUUCCUUUGAAAUUAGCGUCACCACCAACAUAAACCAAAACGUUCCAGAAACACUGGAGCGCGAAUUGAGCGUUGAAGAAGCUUUAGCGGAAAUGUUUCGACAAUCUGGAGUCCCUUCAGAUCUCGAAGAUGGCGAUAUAGAAGAGAAAGAAGUUCAAGAUGUAGUACUAAUUAAUCUAGAAGAAAUUUUAGUUAACGAUAGUGAUUUAUAUGUUUUGCAAUGUGAUAUGAAUGAAAAUGUGCUGAGCGUUGUGGCGCAUGCGCAAGCGCAGCCAACCGAUACGCCUAUGGCCGUGUACGAGAGUAUAGAUAAUAUUGUGGAAAGCGGCGAUGAGACGGGCGAACCAUUUAAAGAAGUCAUGCAAUUAGAAAGCUCUCAACAAGAAGUGGCAGGGACUAACGAAACGACAGAUUUCCUUGGACCUUUCGUGAACAUAGACGGGGGUAUGGCAGAGAAUACAAGCGUUGAAACGGAGAUUUCUUACACUACCUACCCACAAACUCUACCGACUGAAUUUAUCGCAGCCGACAUGAUGACCGCUAACGAACAGUCCAUAACCGUUGAUUCACUUAGUGAUACACAAUUCGAUUUUCCCGCCAUACAUCACGAAGAAAUCGUCUCACACAAUCAUAGGCGCCUCAAGCGACAGGUAUUGUACAAUAGUUUGCGUGAAAAAUAUGUGUUGAAAAGAGUAAAUUUUAGGCCCCAUCAUGGUAAUCGUAUAUUAAAGAAAUAUAUACACCGUUGGAUAUUGCAAUGCCUGAUAGCCAGGUUCAGGGAGCGCGAGUUAAGAAAAGUCCAUAUGUAUGUGACGGAGUAGAAGGUGAACAGGCGAAUAAGUAGGCAUGUAACUGAACGGCUAUUCAGAGCCUACGCCUGAGUACAUUAGCGAUUUUUUAAUGUAUGGCCUAACCAUUGGAACAAAUGAAAUGGGUGCGAACACGAAGGGGUAACGAACGAGAAUGCAAAUUUUAGUUCAGACAUUUGGGAGUACUGCCUUAAGGUUUCGAAUACAGUUUUGUGUAUACCCCAUACAUACUAUCAUACAUACUUACAUAUUUCACGCGCGCUAUGUAAGCCAUAAAUACGCAGAGUGAUAACGCGAUAUCUGACUUGUACACAAACCUAGGCACGGCGCGCGCAUAUCAGCUUGUUUUUAUGGCAUAGUUUCGUAAUUAAAAUAUUUAAAUCCCACGUGCCGGCACAUUUUCAAUGUUUCCUUUCCUACUAGUAAAAGACACUGAGAAUAAACUUAUAUAAACAACUUACAUACAAACACACAUACAUACAUUUGCACACCUUUUGUUUGCCAUUGGAAAUCUUGUAUUGUACGAAGAAUCUCAUAAAGUAAAAGUCCUACGAAAAUAUUUUUAAAUGUGUAUAGACAAUUUUUUUUAUCACAGUUCAUUGUUUGGUUUAACUGCUGCUGUAAAAAAUAUUGUAUGGUUAAGUGCAAAAUAUUGUAUUGUUUUAUUGUUUAAUGUAGUGGAAAAUGCUAGUAUUUUUGUUUGUAAAUGUAGUCUACUUUUAAUUGUAAAUAUUUUUAAUAUAUAUUUUUUUUGGUAUUUUAAUUGUCAUAACCAAAACAAAAGAUAAAAAUCGAUCUUUUUGUUCGCUUGAGUGCAUUUAAAAAUGGCACAGCUCUCCGACUGUUUACUUAUAUUUAUACAUCUACUUAUACUAUUGGCACGUGUGUAUGUGUAGCUUAUUUUUAUUGGAAAAAAGUUAAUUGUUAUGGGUAUUGAACUGCGUGUAUUAUCGUCUAGGGAAUCGGAUUUUUGCGUUUUAAGCAAAUGGCAUUGGUAUAAAAUUACAUUUUCCAUUAGUUGUUAUUUCCCCAUAUUUUGUAACUGCAUGCAUACAUAUGUACCAUACAUACUAUACACACAUAUACAAGUACAUGUGUUAUAUGUAUUUAGUAUUUAGAACCGUUUAUUAUGAAAAAUAAUGCGUUGCUUUGGAAAAUUGAGCUUUUGGUAUUACAUACAAACUUAUUUAGGCAUAAUGGAAUUUUUAAAAUUAAAGGGUCUUUCAAAAAUGACGCAUAGGUGACAGUAGUGAAGACUUCCUAGAGGGUACUUUUUUUAUUGCAUCUCUGACAUUUGUCACUUAGAGAGAGAUGCACAAUUUUACGCAAUGCAACAACAACACGUUGAUAUUAUUGAAACUAAAUACUAAAAUGGGCGAUCUUUUCGAACAACAUAACGCAAAAUUCGUGAUUUUUAGCUGGAACUAACCGGCCGAAUGAGUCGACAAUUCAGAGGUUGGUUCUAUUGAGGAUCUCAGAAAAAUCAUUACAUAUAUACCUACAUACAUACAUAAUUGGCGCGUACACCCUUUUUGGGUUUCUGGCCGAGCUCCUCCUCCUAUUUGUGGCCUGCGUCUUGAUGCUGUUCCAUAAAUGGAGGGACCUACAGUUUCAAGCCGACUCCGAACGGCAGAUAUUUUUAUGAGGAGCUUUUUCAUGGCAGAAAUACACUUGGAGGUUUGCCAUUGCCUGCCAAGGGGCGACCGCUAUUAGAAAAAUGUUUUUUUUAAUUUUGGUGUUUCACCGAGAUUCGAACCUACGUUCUCUCUGUGAAUUCCGAAUGGUAGUCACGCACAAACCCAUUCGGCUAUGGCGGCCACAUCUACUAAAAUGUACUUUUUGCAGUGCUUUUUGGGCUGGUGAAAUAUUUUUUUUGUUUUGUUUUUGUCUGGACAACUAGCUAGUGCAUCACUCAGACACAAUUAAGUCCAUUGUACUACACUUGGAUCCCCUUUUAAUUUUCUUUAAAUCUACCAGAUCUCCGAAGAAAUCUGAGUAGAUCUUGUGGUGCCAAGGAGCCAAGGUGGUCGCUUCUUAACACAUCAGUGCCUAAGAAAUCAAGUCUGAUUCGAGCGAAGGCGGAGCAUACGCACAGGAAGUGGUCCACCGACUCAACCUCCUCUUCACAAGCUGGGCAGAGUACACUGUCUGAGAUGCCCACCCUUUCUAUGUGCUUCGAUCACAGAAAGUGGCCCGUCAUCAGUCCAACCAGCUGUCUGUAGUCCCUUCUGCUUAAUGACAGGAGGAUUUGGGGCAGUCGAUCGAACGUGACAGGUAACAUCAGUUUAAUCCAUCUGCAGCCUCUCUCAGCCUGACAAGCUCCCUUGUGGGUUAUAGUAACCCAUUUGCUAACCGUGGCUUUGAUGGCUGCAGAAGGGAGCGGCAGAACGGGCUGGGGGCCAAAGAAGUUGGCAUCAGAGCCCAUACUAGCUAAGGAGUCAGAGGUCUUGUCCCGGGAUCUAUGUUAACAUCAGGCUAUUAUGUCUACCAACAUAGUUCAGCCUGGAUUUACAGGACUCUACUACCCUUGAAGUGGUUGGGGGGCUGUCUAAGGCCAUGAGCGCAGCCUGGCUAUCGCUGCAGACAAAUAUAGAUCUGCCUUUCCAUCUGUUUUCCACAAUAAAGUUCAUCGCUUCUUGAACUGCAUUCACCCCCGCUUGAAACACAGAUGCAUGCAUUCCAGGAGCAAAGUGCAGUUUUGUCCUGCUCUGGUAAAAUGGCGCCAGUUAUUUACUCUUCGAAGAUGAAAAUGAAAGAGCUGUUACUGUCAAUGGUGCGACGAAAGGAUUGAUAGACCAGAGUCAUAUCAGAUAAUAGUAGUCACCAUAUUUAUACUGGCGGCUAAAAGAUGGAUAAUGACACUGGAUUGGGAGUGUACUCGGAACAAUUAUCUCUAAACUGUGCCUUUUGACUCCCAGACCGGUGUAGCGUCUUCCAAGCUAAGAUCUGCGCUAUCAACACAAAGCAGCAAAAAAUGAUAAGACUAAUCGACUUACCUCCGGCAAACCUUACCAUUUUUGUUGAUAGUCAAGCAGCGAUCAAAACAUUGGCUUGAGCGCACAUCAAUUCAAGAUAUAUUAAAGAAUGCAGGAGAUCGCUUUGGCUUAUCGAUCAACACAGUACCACAGUUUGUUGGGUCCUCAGCCACUCUGGAGUGGAGCGAAAUGCGAGAGUGGGUGAGUGUGCAAGGAAAGGCUCUGAGCUGGACCCUCAGUGAAUGAUAGAGGACAUUAGCAUUCUUACAAACGAACUUGUACACAGCGAUUGACGUGGUCUUUGACUACGCACUGGCCAAAACUGAAUAUUAAAAGGAUAAAAUGUCUGCUUGGAUUCAACAGAUCAACCACCAGUGUCCUCACAGGUGUUAUAAAGGGUCACUGCACUAUUAGCAACUCUAGUCAGUAGAAUGGGUGUACCUCACAAUGACUUCUGCAGGAAUACUGCAGAAUAGAGGCGAUACAACAUCCCCUCUGUGAUUGUCCUGCACUUCAAAGAAGCCUUGCCAGAUGUUUUCUUUGAAGACCUGGGAAAUUUGCAGAAUGUCUCACUAGAGGAUCUAAUUUCCUUGCCGAGAGCCGUAUUUUGAAUAAAAAUAGUGAAACCUGAGAGAAUCUAAAUUUUUACAUGUUUUGUAUUAAAAAAAAAUACAUAGGCGCGUCUUUUGAAAGACCCUUUACAUACAGUUAUAGUUAGUGGUAGGAAUUUUUUUACCUUAAAAUUAAACUGACGGCUUGGACACGCCACCCAUAAAUAAAAAUUAUGGAAAAAAUUAAAUUUAUUAAAAUAGUUAAAUUUUUAAUUGUACAAAACUUCAUUUUUUUUAAUAUGUAUGUACAUACGGCUAUAUAAAUCUUGUUAGAUGCAUAGGAAAAAGUCACAUUCUGUCACCAGCAUUGCUAAAACUUGUUUACUAUAUAAAAUAUGCGCAUGCAAAUACAGUUUUUUUUCUUCUAAAUCUGUGUGAGGUUAUCUCAGUUGUUAAAGUUGUUAAACAAUUAUCAUAAAAAAGUGUUUUUGCAUCGAUACGCUGGCUGAGUAAUUGCGUACAAAUAGCCAAUACCGUUUUCACAUACACUUGUUUUACAUAUACGCGUACGUGCAUACAUACACACAUCCAACCGCCGCAACAAAGUUUUUUAUGUUACAAAAGUGUGCAGCGUUUAUUGCGAUCGCCUUUUUUUCACCAGCACGACAAACAAAUGCUUCGCUAAUCGCAAAUUACGGCAAACUUAAUUAAUUUUCUACACAUUUCUGUAUUUGUUACAAAUAAUUAGUUACGUUGCAGCAAUUUCACAAGCCUAGACUCUGGGUGUUUCACACUUCUAACGAUAGUUUCUUAAAAUAACUGUAUUCUUGGGUGAAAAGUGGCACAUAAAAAAAGCUGAAUUUACAUUUUGUAGAAUACUGUGUGAAUGUAGAAUACUAGUGUUUCAAGUCAUUGAAUUUCACCGAAUGUUCUUCAGGAUGUCGAUGCAAGCCUUUUGGAUGGACUCUGCGGACGCAAAACGUUUUCCUUUCAUUGCCAAAUGCGAUUUUCCGCAUAGGGAGAAGUCACAGGGAGCCAUAUCAGGCAAAUACGGUGAGUGAUUGAUGGUUAGAAUGCGAUUUCUAGUCAAAAAAUCAGUCACAAGCGUGAAUCGAUGAGAUGGUUCAUUAUCAUGCAAUAAGCGGCAAAUUCCUCCUUCGCGGUAGUCAGGGCGAAUUCGACAAAUGCGAUGCAGCAAACGCUUCAAAAUGCCAAAAUAGAAAAUUGCAUUGACGGUUUGGCCCGUUGCCACGAACUUCUUGUAGACAAUUCACUUGGAAUCGUAAAAACAAAUGAGCAUCGACUUGAUUUUUGACUUCUCCAAACGCGAGCCGCCUUAGCCGAAUGGGUUGGUGCGUGACUACCAUUCGGAAUUCACAGAGAGAACGUAGGUUCAAAUCUCGGUGAAACACCAAAAUUAAAGAAAAACCUUUUUCUAAUAGCGGUCGCCCCUCGGUAGGCAAUGGCAAACCUCCAAGUGUAUUUCUGCCAUGAAAAAGCUCCUCAUAAAAAUAUCUGCCGUUCGGAGUCGGCUUGAAACUGUAGGUCCCUCCAUUUGUGGAACAACAUCAAGACGCACACCACAAAUAAGAGAAGGAGCUCGGCCAAACACCCAAAAAGGGUGUACGUGCUAAUUAUAUAUAUAUAUAUAACCGCGAUUUUUUGGAUGGUGGCUCGUCUGGGGCCUUCCAUUCGGCACUUUCACGCUUAGUUUCAGGUUCAUGUUAGAAACACCACGUUUCAUCACCAGUUACAUUGAUGUAAAGGAAGUUCUCGUCUUUUCUCACCUCUUAAUGAGGUCUUUCGAAUGUUGAAUUUUGAGCAAUUUUUGGUCCUCAGUUAACUUGUGCGGAUUGAAACGUGCACAGACCUUUCGUAAGCCCAAAUGACCAGUUAACAUGCGAUAAAUCGAUAUUUUAGAGAUAUUCAACUCCGAUUCCAUGAAUUUCAACGAUAAUUUCGGUUAAUUUUUGAUAAAUUUACGAGCCACUUAGAUGAAGUUUUCGGUGAUUACUGAUUUUGGGCGGCCCGUCUGUUCAUUGUCAUUUGUGUCCUCACAACCAUCUCUGAAACGUGUAAACCACUCAUGAAAUCUGGCACGAAAUAGACAAUCAUUGCCAUAAACAUUUUUCAUCAAUUCAAAUGUUUCGGUAAGCGUUUUACCGAUUUUAAAACAAAUUUGAUAUUAGCUCUAUGUUCGAAACUCAUUUUUGUACCGAUGACCACAAACAUACUGACACUUUAGACGAAAUAACUUCGCUUCCAUUGAACCGAAUGUCACCGAGCUUUCACAUUUUUAUGACGCCAGUCUUGUUUAUUUUGGACCUCACCUUGUAAAGGGUGGUUAAGUUUCAUGGGUCGGUGUUGAUUUUGAAUAAAAUACAAUUUUUUUAAGAAAUUAUUGUCAUUUCUCUUUAUUAUGAUAAUAUAUAAUAUGGUAUGGUUCAAUUACGUAUGGAACAAAAUAUCGGCCAAAUGGCCGCCGCGGCCUCGGCGGCACACCUCAAUCCGAUGGUCCAAAUUUUCGAUGACGCUGAGGCAUAAUUGAAGUUCUAUGCCGUUAAUGGGCGGAAUUAUCUCAUUCUUUAGCUCUUCAAUUGUUGUUGGCUUAUCGACGUACACCUUUUCUUUCAAAUAACUCCAAAGAAAGAAGUCCAAAGGUGUCAAAUCACAUGAUCUUGGCGGCCAAUUGACAUCGCCGCGACGUAAGAUUAUUCGGCCAUCAAAUUUUUCGCGCAAGAGAGCCAUUGUUUCGUUAGCUGGGUGACAAGUGGCACCGUACUGUUGAAACCACAUAUCGUCCACAUCCAUAUCUUCCAAUUCGGGCCAUAAAAAGUUCGUUAUCAUCUCACGAUAGCGAACACAAUUCACAGUAACUGCCUGACCGGCCUCAUUUUGGAAAAAAUACGGCCCAAUGAUGCCGCCGGCCCAUAAACCGCACCAAACAGUCACUCUUUGUGGGUGCAUUGGUUUUUCGGCAAUCACUCUUGGAUUAUCAUUCGUUCAAAUGCGGCAAUUCUGCUUACUGACGAAUCCACUGAGGGUAAAAUGUACCUCAUCACUGAAGAUGAUUUUCUUCACGAAGUGCGCGAUAUGCAUUUUGAUUUGAACGCCCGUUUUCAUAAUAAGCCUGAAUAACUUUAACGCGUUGCUCGAUUGCGUAUCUUUCCAUGGUUCAAAUUGAGUUAGUCUGAAAUUGAAAAAUGUCAAAUGAAAUGCAGAAAAAAACUUGACGUUUAGUUGUGGUUCACAUUCAAUUUCGGCCUUUUAAAUUUAACCACCCUUUACAAUGGGCUUUUUAGCCUGAGUGUUUUGGGAGCCACCCAAUCUCUUGGUGCUCCUUGGCUCGACCAAUUCAAAUUUCAUUUUCAAUUCACACGUGUCAAAUGUGAUUGGGGUACGACGGCAUUUUCAAAAAUAUAAAUCUUCCCAUACGGUGAUUAAUUUGACGCCACCUUGUAUGGUCUCAAAGACUACAGGCGUAUAUACAUACAUACUUACAAAAUGCGGCUUUUUGUACAAAAUUAAAAAUUCUUACGUUUUAUUUGCUCUCAAUCACUGUAUCGCGCCUUUUGAAACGCCAUUAAGUUAGUAUGUAUUGUAAUAUUAAAACCAAAAACAAAAAAAAAAAAAACAAAACAGCGCUGUUUCUCUGCUUUAAUGAAAUUGUUAAAAGUAAUGAAAAGUGAAUAGAAUUAAAGAAACAUGGAAAAUUUUUCAAUAUCUUUAAGUUUAACAAAAUGAAAAUUAUUAUAUAUACAAUGCGUAUAUAGAAAACUAGGCCGAAUUAUACAUACAUACAUACAUACAUACAUAAAUACAUACAUACAAAUGUAUACAAAAAUGUAAAAUAUUGAAUGUUAUGAAAGUCAACUUGGCGAGCUUUUAUUGUGUGACGAAAAAAGACAAAUAUGUAGAAACUAUUUACUACUUAGAGCAAAUAUAGAAAAAAUAUAUUAUACACAUGCAUGCAUGCACACAUACAUACACACAUACGUAUGCGUGUGUGUGAAUAAGAAAUAAAUAAAAUAAAUAUUAAAUGGAGCGAUCAUAGCGUUAAAGUUAAAUAUACAGGAAUCAACAAGAGAAAUAUUAUUUAUGUGCAACAAAAUACAAUAAAAUUGAAAGUUAAAUGUAGAAGGGAGAAAAAUUACAUAAAUAUUUUAGUAAAUAUUUAGAAAGCAUGUCAUAAUCGUGCAAGUUAGUGAGACUUUAGUGAAAAGUGCACAUUAGAUGGUAGAGGGGUGUGGGAAUAUUAGAAAAUAAAAACAGUUUCAACUUCAAAAUAUCAAUGUGUGCGUAUCUAGAUAUACCUAUUCAUACAUACAUACAUACAUAUAUUUAUUAAACAUACUUUAAGGGGGAACGCCACUGUGAAGGGUAAAAAAAUAGUCGAUUUUUGGGAAUUUUUUUUUGUAAGGUGGAAUGAUUAUUCGAGGAUCGGACAAAAGGCAAUUUAUUGAAUAUGUACUAAACUAUGUUGAUGUAUAUUUUUAUUAAAAAAUAUUGAAAAUUGACAAAUUAAUGUACAUAAACGUAACGAGUUAGAAAAAAAAAUGAUGUCAUCUGGUGGCAGCGAUAAGCAAUGAAUAAUCAUCUGAAGUCAAAAUCCCAAAAAUUUUAUUAAUCUACACUAUAGUGGCUAUCGUUGUACAUAGCCUUUUUUGUUUUUUUUUUUUUGCCAAAAAAAAUUGUUAUUUUCAAAAUUGUAAAAAUCGGCUACGUACAACGAUAGCCAAAGCGAUAAAAUCGGUUCAUUAGUCUUCGAGAAAUCGUUGCCACCAUAUCAAAAAAAGUCGUUUCGAGAAAAACACGUUUGAAAUAAAGCAUCGUAUCGUAAGCGCUACGGGGCCGAACCGACGGGCGCUCACUUAAGUGCACAUAGAAUCGGGAAUAAAGCGAAUUUCGGCCACAUUUUCUUGAGUUCUUGAGUCUUGAUUAUAAAUCCUGACCAAAUUGUUAAACAAGAUACUUAAUGUCUAUGGACAGAUGUAUAAAAUAAAUGGGGACAAAACAAAAAAAAAAAAAAUUUCUUGAGUAAUUAUAUUAUACUAACAAUUUAUGCAAAAAAAGAAUCGAUUUUCACAGUGGCGUUCCCCCUUAAACCAAAACCAAAAAAAAAAAAAAACAAUUACAUAAAUACAUACAUAUGUAUGUAAAGCACGAUAUUUAGUACAUAUUUGCAUAUAUUUAUGUAAAAAACAACCUCUUCUUGCCUCACAGACAGCCCCCUCCCAAAUGAAAAGACAUACAUAUGUACAUUUAUAUACACGUAUACAUACAUACAUUAGUAUCUACUUACAUACCGUGCAUACGCCGUGCAUCUAACACUGUCUACAUACAUAUUGCUGGAAACAGUUUUUUCUAUUGCCUACAAGCAUACAUAUGUACAUGCUAUACCAAAAACAAAAAAAGGUUAAAUUACAUUAAAAAAAAAUUAAUUAAUUCAAAGAAUUUAAAAUAAAAUUUAAAGUAGAUAAAAAACUUUUUAUUUUAGUGUUUACCGAUAUUUUCAAAUACUUCUCGUCAUAUUUAUUACUUACAUACAAAUAAACAUACAUACAUACAUAUUAAUUUAUUUUGAUAACUCUCAUUGUUGGUUUUAGCCUUUUUCGUAACGCAUUCCAAAGCACCAAUAUUUUUUAGAACUAGCAAAGUGUUAAGUAUUUACAGUAAGAAGCAGAAAACAAACAAAAACGUAUAUACAUACAAUACAUACAUACAUACACGAAGAUAAAUUAGUGUUAAAAAGUUGAAGCGAAACAACAUAAUUUACAAUUUGGUUCUUCUAUUUUAAAUACUUUUUAAUUAUACAUGUAAUACGCUUACUUUUAGUACAAAACUAAGAAAUUUAAAAUUAAAAAAUAAAAUUAAAAUUUUUUUAAUUCAAAAUAAAAUCCUAAAAAUACUUGCACCUGUAUACCCAGGUCAGGUGGACUACUCAAAUAAUAUUCUAUGUUUGCUUGGUGUGUAAACUGCCAGGCGUUGAGCGAAUUUUUGUUGUAAACAUUUCCAAAUGCGAUUUUAAGAUAAACUGCAUACAAAAGAAAAAGAAAGAAAAAUCAUAAAAGAAAUUUGACAAGCAAAAAGAGAAACAAAAUAACACACGAGAAGAAAUGUUCGACCCAUUACAAAUCUGUAAAAAUUUUAACAAAAACUGUGUGCGCUGCAAUGCAGACUAGUAACACAAUGGACGCUAGAGGUCUAUGUACAUAAGUGCGAUCUUUUUACGGAUCAGCCAGCACUACCGAAUGGAGACUUGGUGCACACAUACACACAAACGCAUACAUAUUUCCAUUGUCCCUACAAGACAGUGCUGAGCACUUUCGACACAAAUUCCAACACAUUUACAAGUAUUUUAUUAGUCCCUAAUACAUGCGCAUUAUCAGCAGAGCAUACACAACUUUUUUUAAUGGGGAAGUCAAAUAUUUCAUUUGAUAUUAUUUUCCCCUGUUCGGCGUGAAUUCUAUCUCCCUUUUACCAAUAGCAGUUUCAUGUAAGCAUAGCAAAGGAAAGAAAAGGCUGCCGCCUAUAGAACCCCGCUGCGAUCGGGCGCAUCGCCUAUAAGGUUCUAGCGAGCGUAUUGUGUGAAAGGCUGAAGCCCACCGUCAACCAACUGAUUGGACCUUAUCAGUGGAAAAUACCAAUGAAAGGAGAAUCGACACACACCAUCUUUUCGUCGAUUUCAAAGCUGCAUUCGACAGUACGGAAAGGAGUUACUUGUAUGCCGCGAUGUCUGAAUUUGGUAUCCCCACAAAACUAAUACGGCUAUGCAAGAUGACGUUGCUCAAAACCAGCAGCGCCAUCAGAAUUGGGAAGGACUUCUCCGAGCCGUUUGAUACCAAACGAGGUUUUAGACAAGGUGACUCGCUGUCGUGCGACUUCUUUAACCUGAUGUUGGAAAGGAUCGUACGAGCCGCAGAACUUAAUCGUUCAGGCACACUUUUUUAUAAGAGCGUACAAUUGUUGGCAAAUGCCGAUGAUAUUGACAUCAUCGGCCAUAACACCCGCGCUGUUAGUUCUGCCUUCUCCAAACUGGAUAAAGAGGCAAAGCGCAUGGGUCUGGCGGUGAACGAGGACAGAACGAAGUACCUCCUGUCUUCAAACAAACAGUCGGCGCACUCACGUGUCGGCCCCACGCCAGUGUUGACAGUUAUAAUUUUGAGGUUGUAAAGGACUUCGUUUAUUUAGGAACCAGUAUUAACACCGAUAACAAUGUCAGCCUCGAAAUCCAACGUAGAAUCUCUCUUGCCAACAAGUGCUACUUUGGACUAAGUAGUAAAGUCCUCUCUCGACGAACAAAACUAACACUCUACAAGAUUCUCAUCAUGCCCGUCCUAACGUAUGGCGCAGAAGCUUGGACGAUGACAACAUACGAUGAAGCGACGCUUGGAGUGUUUGAGAGAAAGAUUCUACGCAAGAUUUUCGGACCUUUGCACGUUGGCAGUGGCGAAUAUAGCAGGCGAUGGAAUGAUGAGCUGUAUGAGCUUUACGACGACAUAGACAUAGCGCAGCGAAUAAAAAUCCAGCGGGUACGUUGGCUGGGCCAUGUCGUCGGAAUGGAUACAAACGCUCUGGCUUUAAAAGUAUUCGAUGUGGUACCAGCUGGUGGUAGUAGAGGAAGAGGAAGGCCUCCUCUACGUUGGAAAGAUCAGGUGGAGAAGGACUUGGCUUCACUUGGUGUGUCCAAUUGACGCCGGUUAGCACGAGAAAGAAGCGACUGGCGCGCUUUGUUAAACUCGGCCAAAAUCGCGAAAACGGUUAUAGCGCCAAUUAAGAAGAAGAAUUUCAUGUAAGUGAAAAAUAUAUCUACUGUACUUUAAACGGCAAGGCAGCUCAUUUGUAUGCUUAUAAUGUGGCUGCUCUGAAAAAAGUUGUAGUGUGAGCAGAUGCUUGGCUAAAAGUUGAAAAUUCGUGAGUUCGGAUCUCCGUAAAAUAUAAAUUUUAUAAUUUCUAAGUAAAACAUUUUAACGAAACUCCUCAGUCUGAUUACUUUUUAACGAAAAUGAGGAGUUAUUGAGGAGUUUGUGCUGAUUACUUUUUGAUGACGAAAAUGAGUAGUUGGCCCAUCAGUAGUGAUUACUUGUUGAGAACAGAAAUGAGAAGUUGCCUUGCCUUUAGAGCAUAGUACAUAUAUUUUUCAGUUAUAAGAAAUGGCUAUUGGUAAAAGAGAGAUAGAACAAAAAUGUGUAGUUGGAUGAGGAUAGUGAUGAUGAUAAUAUGAGUGCUUAUAUGAUAGUCAGCUGUCUUGUAGGGUAGUGGAGACUUUAUCCACACAUACACACACACAUACACAUUUGCAUUGCAUUAUCACAAUUCCCUAAACAAAUACGAAUACAAAUAGGAAAAAUGUCGGUGUACCUAAUAAUUGUAAUUUCAUGGAAAAUAAAAAUAAAAACAAACAAAUAUUCGCUAUAUAUGUACGUACGUGUCUAAGUAAAAUUGGAAUUUAAAAAUAAAAAGUGCGUUGAAAACUAAUAACAAACAAAUAUACAACUGGGUAUGUUGCUCUUUUGUAAGAAUCAAAAAUUAGGAUAAACUCUUGUCAAAUUUAUUGGCAUAUACAUACAUACGCAUGCAAAAAAUAACAGCAACAACAACAAAAAUAAAAAAUAAAAUCGACCAAAUCCUUGGCAUACUCGUAUACACAAUUUUAAAUUUAUAUUUAUUCAAAAAUUUUGGAAGCAGCAUUUUUGCAUUAAAAUUACUAUAAAUGUAGUCACUUAAAAAUAAUGAAUACAGGACUUGCAAAUAUCAAAAAUAGCAAAAAAAAAAAAACAAAUAUAAAUUUUUAAAAUAUUCAUAUACUCUAAAGAUAUUUUUUUGUUUUUGUAAAAAAUCGCGAAUUACAAAUAUUUGUAAUUGAAAAUUUUGUAUGUUUUACAUAGCGCAUAUAUACCAAGUAUAGAGCUAAACCAAAAAUGACAACAACAACAAAAACCACAAAUCGGUAAUUACCAAUUAACAUCAAACAAUGCCUUUAUUAUUGUAUAAAUAAAAAAUAAAUUGGAGAAAAUUCAAGGGAUAUUGACACGUUUUUUCUUCUUUUACUUGCUGAUAUUGUAUUUAUUAUAUAUUGUACGUGCAUUAACAUGAAAAUGUUUGCAAUAAAUUAGAAUUAACCAAACGUGUAUGGGUAUAUUGCGUAGCCAAUGACAAAGAUUUAUUUGGGUUUGAAUAAAAUAAUAAAUGUCCUUUAUUUUGAAUGUGAAAA